AUAAAAUUAUAAUUAUUUGAAUUUAUAUACGGAUUUUAAGAAUUUCAAUAAAGAACUUAUCAAAUACGUGAAAAACAAAAUAUAUACAUAAUUGUUGCUCAGCAUGUUGAAAACGAAGCAAUUGCUAAAACAAUUUGCCAAAGAAUAUUCCAACUUUGCACCCGCGCAUUUCGAGCUAAAGCGUGCGCUGGUCGUCACGAAACUGUCGCGUUAUGAGGUCGAGCAACUGCGUCAUCCGCAACUGUCGCGGGAACAAUUGGAUCAGAAGCUGCGCGAUCGGGGCACCGACGUUGAAAUGCUGCUCUAUUUGCACAAUCUCCACAAGGACUUUGAGCGUCGCAUUGUGCAGAGCUUUGAGAAUGUGGGAUGCGAGGUUAAAAUGUCCAGCAGACUUGAAUUUAGAAGCUCUCUGAGCAAGGAUGUCAUGAGCUGGGCAGAUGUCAUCGUGCCUGUUGGUGGCGAUGGCACCUUUCUGCUCUCGGCCAAUCGGGCCAGUCCAUUGUUUGCGCUCAGUCAGCAGAAGACGCCAAUAGUGGGGUUCAAUUCGGAUCCCAAGCACUCGGAGGGUCGUCUCAUGUUGCCUAAGCAGUACUCAGAGAAUCCCGCCGAGGCGGUCGAGCGCAUCAAGAACGGCGACUUCAAGUGGAUACAUCGCUCGCGCAUUCGCACCACGCUCCUGGGCAGCAAUGGCACAAUUCCUGAGUCAACGGACUUGUUUCGCCACACGGCUGUCAAAAUGGAGCAGGUGACAACGUCGCCGGAACUGCUCGAUGAGCAAAUGUCUGCCAAAUACAAGGCCAAAAUGAAACGAGUGCUUCCCUAUCUGGCACUCAACGAGGUUUUCAUUGGGGAAAAUCUGUCGGCGCGAGUGUCACAUUUGCAGCUGGUGCUGAACCAUCAGGAUGUGGUUAACAAAACAAAGUGCUCUGGCUUAUGCGUGAGCACUGGGACAGGAUCCACAUCGUGGCACACAAGCAUCAAUCGCAUCACCAGCUGUGAUGUUGGUGAUCUAUUGCGAUCGUUGCCCAAUGCAAGUUCGCCGGAUAUGAUUGAAAUGCUGGAGAAUGUGGAUAGUAUUGCGCAUGGUUAUAAUCAAGGAUUGCUCUUUGCGCCUGAUGAUCCGCGUAUCUGCUACUCGAUUCGCGAACAAAUCUGUGUUGGUGUCUGGCCAUCUCCGAAAACGUUCAAAUCGCGCGAUUUCGUGCAGAGCGUAUUCAUCGAGUCGCAUUGCAUCGAUGCCAAUCUGGUGAUUGAUGGCAGCAUUUCGUACCCGUUUAACGAUGGUGCCAAAGUGCUGCUGGAAACCUAUCCCGAGGAUGCGCUGCUAACAAUUAAUUUAGACUGAAACUUGGAACAUGAAGUACGCAAAGUGCCUGCUCUUAAUCCCAAAGGCUGCAUUUCGAUUAAGCAUUGUCGGAACAUUUGAAAUUACAUACAAAACAUAUUUAAUGAUGCGUUCUUUCGCAACUCUGCUUAGUAGUGUAAGCUCGAAAGUUAUUUUGUUAUAAUAAAAUAUACAUAUACACAAUUUA